CUCAUGCUCAUGCUUGCACCUCGCUUGACACUAAAUCGUAUUGUUCUCUCUUUCUAUGAUUGAUUCUGGAUCAGAGCAAGCUUCAACAGAAUGUGAUAUCAUGGUCUUGCUGCUUUCUAUCCGUUGUCGGAGCGGUGGGACCCUCAUAAUGCAACCCAACACAACAUCUUCUCCAGCCCCAUUACGCUUCUCUCCGACUGGAUCUGUUUGAGCUCUGUCUGCCCUAUCCUUCUUGCAACAUUUUUUUUUCCAUUUGCAAAUCAACAGAUCAAAGCACUGCAAGUGUAACGGCGAUAUUGUAUACAUAAUGUCCAUUCAUACACAUACCGAUCUUCGAAACGCUUUCUAAUGCAGCAUUUACACUCUAUGAAGACAGCACUUUUCAUUACCUGACAAUUUUUGGCAACACCGGCUAGAACACCAUGAUCAAAGCUGAGGAUGGUUCAGUGCCUCCUCUCUCUCGGCUUCGGGAUGACCCAACAUGCUUCACUCAGGAUAUUCCCGGUCCCGCUUCGGCCUCCUGGCAACCUGCUGCGCACGAGUCCCCCUCAGUCAACAGCCACAUCGAAGAUCAAACGAAUGUGAUAUUGCCAUAUGCGAUCGAAGAACCCGAGGAUGAGCCUGCCGACGCCUGGGAGGAGGCACGUGCGAGACCGAGGUCGGCGUUACUUCUCCAUGAAAGUUCGGACCCCAAGCAAGAUGAUUUGGCGGACUCGAUGGAGGGCCUUUGUUGCGAUUCGGACCCUACAAGCCGCCGCUCAAGCUUCGCCGCUAAACGGGGCAUGAAGCGAAAGCCGUCGAGUGCGCCAACCGCACCUAGCCAUCCAACUCGAUCACAUUCGACCAGCAACUCUUCCAAUAAUCAAGAGGGAGGGUCCAACGGUCGUCCCAAAAGACAGCGUAGGCGAAGCCAGCGUUCAAAGAACCAUAUGGGGCUAUUCUCCGAUGUGUUAUGGCACGGGGAGGCCAGUGAAACCGGGUCAUCGGGCAGUUACGACUCUCGAUCCUCUUCCGCGGAUCCUAGUAGUUCCCACCCCUAUGCGUCCGCCGCGCUAGAUCAAAUGGACAUCGACUGAGUGAGCGUUACAUGAGCUCCUGGCUUCCCACGAGCUUCAUAGCUUGUUGCUGGCUCUGGCGGCCCGCAACAUGUGACACGUGACGUAGUGCGGCUACGCUUGGCCGGAAAGGGCUGGACUAUUCGAUGACGUCACCAACUUCUCAUCGCCGUCACUUAUACUGCUCUCUUUG